UUUGUAUGUUCAAGGGGCCAGUCAGAGUGUAUGUGAGAGUGUGUGUGUACGGGAGUGUGUGUGUGUGACACAGAGGGACAGAAACGGGGCUCAACAUGGACCUGAGACUAGCCGUGAGUUGUGAACUGGUCCCGGACCUGAAGUGAAGACCCAGCGGCUCCUGACUGACCACACACGGGAUUAUUAUGCCCAGCGCCAACGUGUCCGUGCGAAGUUUAUCAGAAGUGGAGAAAUACCUCAGCAGCCGGAUGGACCGGAGUUCUGAGGGCAGUUUCCCGAGCAUCUCUGGGUCGAUGCGUCGGGGUUCCUCAGAGAACAAUCUGGACCUAGAUCUGAGUGAUGGAAGUCCUGGUCCCGCUCUGGCCUUCGAGGUCCAUCGUAGUCGUUCCUGCUUGGAUAACCUCCAGCAGAAAAUACUUAAAGUCACCGAGCAGCUGAAGAUUGAGCAGACGGCUCGGGACGAGAACGUAGCUGAGUACCUGAAGCUGGUGAACAGCGCGGACAAGCUGCAGGUAGGGCGCAUCAAGCAGGUGUUUGAGAAGAAGAACCAGAAGUCAGCUCAGAACAUUGCCCAGAUGCAGAAGAAGCUGGAGCAGUACCAUCGAAAGAUGAAAGACAGUGAAAUCUUCCAUAGUCCAUCCCCUCACCCGUCCAUUGCACACAAACACAGCACCAUACCCAGAGAGUCUCCCAGAGAGCUGCUGAGGGACAUGACUGGCAGCGGCCGACACCCGACCAUGGACAAAAUCAAGACCAUCGGUCCAGGUGUUUCCCUCUCCCCUCCUUUCUUCUUCAGCAAACCCAGAGAGUUCGCCAACCUCAUCAGGAACAAGUUUGGCAGUGCUGACAACAUCGCCCACCUCAAGACCACGCUGGAUGCUUCCUCACCGCUGCCCACUGACAGCACAGGAAAGGGGCUGAGCAGCAGCACCUCUCUGGUGGGCAAGCCCAAGUAUCCCAGUGAUGACGAGUGCUCCUCAGGGAGCGCCUCAAUUUCAGCAGACAGUAACGGGGCCCCAGCAGGGGGAGGAGUGUCAGCGGGGCAGGUGCAGGGCCAGCAGGCCGGGGGAGACACCCACAGCAGACUGGCCCUGACCCUGGAGGAGGUGAGGGAGAUCAAAGAAGCCCAGAGCCAGCUGGAGGAGGACAUGGAGGAGAUAAAGGCUCAGUUUAAGAGAGAGUAUGGCAUCAUCAGCCAAACACUGCAGGAGGAGAGAUACAGGUACGAGCGCUUGGAAGACCAACUAAACGACCUGACAGAACUUCACCAAAAUGAGAUGACUAAUCUGAAGCAGGAGCUGGCCAGCAUCGAGGAGAGGGUGGCCUACCAGGCUCAUGAAAGGGCCAGGGACAUACAGGAGGCGCUGGAGUCGUGUCAGACGCGUGUGUCCAAGCUGGAGCUCCAGCAGCAGCAGCAGCAGACGGUCCAGCUCGAGAGCCGUGACGCCCGAGUCCUGCUGGGAAAGAGCAUCAACAUCAUGCUGGCCAUCAUCACUGUCAUCCUGGUGUGCGUCUCCACCGCUGCCAAGUUUGCCGCUCCAAUGAUGAGGAGCCGGCACCAUGUGGUAGCUACCUUUUUGGGAGUUUGUUUUCUGACCAUAUUCUGGAAGAACUGGGACCGUUUACAGUACGCCAUAGACAGGCUGCUGGUGCCUGCCUGAUAGAAAAGCGUGCACACUGAAAAUAACACUGCAGAAACAUGGACACUGUCUGUUGUCAGGAUAGGACUGUCUAUGAGGAUUGGUUGUACAAUCGUCAGAAGACACGAUCACCAUGCAUUCACAGAGGUCACUGUUUUUUAAAAUCAAACUGAAAUGAAAUUUUGGUGAUUUUUUUUUUCUUGUCUAGAACUUGAAUGUGUGUCGCUAACAUUUUUCAUUUAACCUUUAAAAUAAUAUUUAUAUAACUAGUUUUGUUACUUCUUUAAGGAUUGACAUUAAAUCAUCAGAAGACAUAAAGUUAAUUCAAGGAUCAAGAAGGGUGGACAGACAUGCACAUGAGACUAAUCUUUACCCCAGUUUUUUGGGAAUUAAUUAGUAGAUGAGGUCAAAUUUGGCAAAUGAUUAUUCUUGCUUCAGUUCGACUUUAACAUUUCUCAGACGGUUGAAAACAACACAAACAAAACCUCAAGCUUUGCAUCUUGUUGGCCACAGAUAUGAAAUGUCACCCUUGAAGGGAUAGUUGAUCAUUUUGGGAAAUACCCCGAAAGUUAGAUGAAAAGAUUGAUACUAUUCAUAUAAAUGUUAGGUAAAUAUGAAGCUACUGCUAGCGGCCAGUUAGCUUAGUUUAGCAUAAACACUUGUGUAGUAUGUGAAUUUGUCAGGGUAGUAUUGUCUCGAAUCAAACGCGGCUGUUUGACGGUCACAAGAUUUGACAGCUUUUCUUCUUCUGCUUGGCAAAUGCAGUCAAGCCUUGCGUUAUCUCCAAUAGAGUGCUGCAGCAAUGAGUCCUGAAACCCGGAAAUGAGUUAGCGUUUUAGCACUCCCAUUUCCCUUGUCUUGAAGGCAAUGGGUUUUUGGUUGUGCUUGAAAUGAGGUCUGAAGUUAACACAAGCUUUAGAGACUUCCACAUUUUGUUCUACGAAAUAAAAUAUGUCCGUAAUACCCACUCGUAAAUCUUGAAACCUUUGUGUCUUAAAAAAGAGGGUUGCUAACAAGUAGCUAAAUCAGACUACAGAGCGUCAUCACGACAAACUGCGCUGAACACAUCUUUGCAACCUUGUUGCGGUGGCGAUGUCGACCGUAGUCCAUUCCUAGCCAAACGUUAGGUUUUUACCUCUGGCGAUUGCAUUUAUACUUCAGAAAUAAUAAAAGUGUGUAAAUCUGUGAAGAUUAUCUUGCCCCACAAAACGAGUAAAUAUAAACUUUUGUUUGCCACAGAACUAGCAAAAGUCACUUGCCAAAAUAUAUGUUUACUGUAUCUGCUUUUCGCUCACUUGUCUUCCUUUGUAUUUAUUUAUUUAUUGAACUAAAAAUGAACGCUUUCACGGUACAUUAUAAAUGUUUGUGGCUGUUACUGGCUGGCUGUAUCACCAGCUAAUCUACGUUACUGAGUCAUCGAUAGCUGCCGCAUUUUGCUAAUUUGUACAGCUUAUCAAACGUCUGCCCACAAACCUAACACUAAACUCUUGUAUAAUUGAGACAAAGUUAGCAUACAUAAAAACCAAACGUAACUAUGCCCCUAGAUCGUAUAGCUUAUGCCACAACACAGGAGUACCUGAUGACAAAAUGUGCUGCUGUUAGCUAGCUAGCAAGCUAACAUUAGCAUUAGCAAUAUUGUUUGUGGUACCCAAUGAUUACAGAAUUAACAUCAUAAACAAACUUAUGGCUUAUAUCUGACAGCAGUAAAGUGGUAGUGAAAAAUACACAUAUGCAGCAUAUUUACAAUGCUUUGGUGUUUAUUGUGGGAGACGGACGACAUUUCACAAGAUUGAAAUGUGUUUGUGGUCAAGCCCCUUGCGCUUUGUUGGCAACAUGGCGACCAUUGAGGUUUAGAGAUGUCCAACAUUGCACACUCAAACUUCUUUGACUGUCAUGAGUGCACAAUCUUGUUUCUCAUAGUGUAUUGCAUUUUGCCAUUCUUCUCAGUGUGAGCGCACUUAUGCUCUCAAAAUAUUGAGUAAAAGUACAGAAGACAUAAUAUAGGAAACGGCUAGCUACCUGUUUCCCCUUGUUUUUAGCCUUUACGCUAAGCUAAGCUAACUGGCUAAUGAUUGUACCUUCAUAUUUAGUGGUUUAAAUCCUCUAACUGCAAAACUAAUCAUAAAGCACGUUUCCCCAAACUAUUCCGUUAAAUGAAGAAUCUACAGACUAAAACACAGAGGCAAAGGUCAUUCUGUUUUUUCAUGUGUUCAUUUUCUUAAUUUCUUAUUGCCUUGUCUGCCCUGUGUGGUCAGUCAUCUCUUAAAGUUCUUCUGUUUAUUGUUCCUGAUGUUUAAAGUGCAAUAUAUUUGAUUUCUACGAGCACUGUUUUUAAAAUGUUUCAUUUAGGAGUGUACAUUACACGUCGAUGUUUUACAGUGACAGGGUGCUGUGGAGGGGGGUUGGGUGAGGAAGUGUCAUUAAUGUUGGCAUGAGAGAUCCAUAACCACUGAAGCCACUGCUGGGCUCGGAAAAGACCAGCUGUCUCCUCUCUUAAGGGCCAAAAAUCAAUCCCACUGCAUUACCGUGCUGGUGCUGUGGUUAUAUCAACACACACCAGCUCUGCAGAGCAGGAACACAUGCACACACACCCAUACAGCACAAACAUGAGUUUGUCACUUGGCUCUCUUUAUGUCUUUUGGGUCAAAUGUUUGUCAUUUAUACUAAUAAUGUGAUUGAGAGGCGAUGGGUUAUACUGUGAUACAAGGCCUUUUUCUGAGGAAAAAUGCAUUUCCCUUUUUUUAAGAAGCAACAAACAGCCUUCAGUACUCCAAUGACGACAGAGGAGCAUGUUACAGGCUCUAAGUGAUGAUCUAUGAGCCAAUUUCUCUUGGACUGAUUAAUGUGUUAUUUUUCAUAUUUGUCUUACGAACAUUGCCUAUCAUGAUCUCACAUGAAGCUACGGACCACUUUUUAAUGUUUGUCUGCCAUAAUAAUGUGUUUGUGUUGACGUUUGUUGUCGUCUUCCUGUUGUUCUACUGACUGUAUCAUAUUUUUGUUCCUGUUUUUACACAUUUGAGGAAGUUUUACUUUACAGAACUACAGAUGUGGUUUACAUUCUCUCUUCAUCUCUGGUGCACUACGUGAUCAAUCAGUUGUGUUUUCAUGCAUUACGUGCCUUUGUCUGACACGUUCUGUUAAAUUAAACAAGCCUUUUUAAUCAA